CAGUUUGUGACCGAACUGAACCCUUCCUUUUUAGGCUUGCAAUACCCACUACUAUUUCCUUACGGUCAAGAUGGCUUCAGAGAAGACGUUCUGUUGACGUGUGCAAUAGAGGAUAGCAAUUAUAACGGAUGGAGAAAAUUUGCCACAAUGAAAGAAUUUUUUUCAUACAGGUUGCAGGAACGCAAAGGUGAAACCCCAUAUCUAUUGAGAUGUCGAAGGUUGUUUCAGCAGUUUGUGGUUGAUGGAUAUACAAUGAUCGAGUCAUAUUGAUUGCAAUUCAUAAGAUUCCAUCAGAAAGAGAUUCGAAGUGAAUUGUACAGCGGUUUAGCAAAUGCUGUUGUUCGAGGGGAAACAAGUGCAUCUAGGACGGGCCAACUUAUUGUUCUUCCUCCUACGUUCAUUGGUAGUGCGCGUUACAUGAUGCAAAAUUACCAUGACGCUAUGGCUAUAUGCCGAUGGGCAGGGUAUCCAGAACUUUUUAUCACAUUCACUUGCAACCCGAGAUGGCCAGAAAUUAUUCGUUUCGUUGAGCAAAGAGGGCUCAAUCCAAACGAUCGCCCCGACAUCCUUUGUAGGAUCUUUAAAAUGAAGUUGGAUUUGCUCAUUAAAGAUCUAAAACAAAAUAAGUUGUUUGGGGACGUCAAAGCAGUUGUAUAUACUGUGGAAUUUCAGAAGCGUGGUUUGCCACAUGCCCACAUAGUUUUGUGGCUGUCUCAAAAGAAAGGAAUUAUGUGUGCCUCAGAUAUUGACAAAAUCAUUUCUGCUGAGAUUCCAGAUGAGUGUUCAGACUCUGCUCAUUACAAUGCAGUCAAAUAAUUUAUGAUCCAUGGACCUUGCGGCCAUCUUAACAAGUCUUCGCCGUGUAUGAAUAAAGGUAAAUGCACGAAGCAUUUUCCAAAGAAGUUCAACGAGCGCACUAAAAUGGAUAAAAGUGGAUAUCCUAUAUACAGACGGAGGAGGAAUGAAAGACAUGUCGUGAAGAAUGAUUGUCAUCUAGACAAUAGAUAUGUAGUCCCGCACAACCGUAAUUUGUUGCUCAAGUAUGAGGCACACAUUAAUGUUGAAUGGUGCAGCCAGUCACGAGCGGUGAAAUAUCUAUUCAAAUACAUAAAUAAAGGUGAUGAUCGAAUCACAGUCGCAUUCUCCGAGGCAGCAGAUAGCUCUAAGCAGCAGAAAAUUGAUGAGAUCAAUAAGUACUAUGAUUGUCGGUACAUCUCUGCUUGCGAGGCUGCUUAGAGGAUUUUCGGAUUCCACAUACACUAUAGGGAUGUGCCAGUUGAGCAUCUUAGUUUUCAUCUGCCCGGUGAGCAAAAUGUGUAUUAUAGUGCAGAUAAAUCUGUCCAAGACGUCCUAUCGAAUCAUAUGAUUCACGAGACAAAAUUUACUGCAUGGAUGAGAGCAAAUCAAGUAUACCUUGAGGCCAGAAAGUUGACAUAUGUGGACUUCCCUAGCAAAUUUGUGUGGAAGAAAAAGAUUAAACAGUGGGUGGAAAGACAGCGAAGUUUUGCGGUUGGACGUGUCUACUUCGUUCGCCCUGGAGCAGGUGAAAAAUACUACUUAC